UGUUAUAUAUAGUGUAGUAGUACUAUACGUUGUUUAUUAUUUAUAUCGUCACAUUUAUUACAGAAUGUCGUGUACAUUUGGAGAAUGUACCGUUUGGAGUACAUUGCGGCGGACAGCAAUAGCACAAAAGCGCAACGUUUAUACGGCGAAAAAUAUCCUAAUAGGACUAUAUCCAGCGCAAAGAUAUUUUGCAAAAUAGACCAACGGUUGUGGGAUGCAGGUACAUUAAAACCUGCGAAAUCUGGCGGACAAAUUCAGCAUGACGAUUUGGAUCUGAGAAAUAGAAUACUGUGCCAUAUGAGGCAUGUGCAAUAUAAAUAUGAGGAUUAUUGCUGCUGAAGAAUGUGUCCGCAACAACACCGUAUGGCGCGUAUUGAAGUGAGAAAAUCUAUACUCGUAUAGCUUUUAGAAAGUUCAGGAGUUAAAAGCAGUGGAUGUUCUCAAAAGAAAAGAUUCUUACAAAUGGAUGACAACGUAAUUCUAAUUUCACCGCGAGCAUAUUAUUUACUAAUGAGGGAAUAUUUAAUAAAUGUGGAAUGACGAAUAUAUGUUAGCGAACAUUUUUGGGCAUGUGAAAAUUCAUACACAUCAGGAGAUGAUUCAUGGAGAAUGGUAUACCACCACAUUCUACCAACCCAGUGCAUGAGCACUUGACUAGCUCUUUUGGAAACAUGUGUAUCGGUCAAAGAGGACCUGUGCGUUGGCCUCUUCAGUCCCCAGAUUUAAAUCCCCUCGACUUUUACUUCUCAAGACACACGAAGAGAUUAGUGUAUGCAUUGGCGGUGUCUACGGUAAUUGAUCUGUAACGCCGCAUUUUCUCCGUGGCGGAAAUCGCACAGAAUACGGUGAGAAAUUUUCGCACAAUGUGGCAAAUUUUUAAGAGAAGAGUCAGACUCUAUUUACAAGAAGAUGGAGGAUAAAUCGAACAACUAUUGUAAUUUGUUGUAUUUUUAGUCGACACUCGCGACCGGGAUAAUCGCGGCGCGUGUGUAGACCUUUUAUGAAUAUUGACAAUACGCUGUUUUAUUUAGAAAUUAAGGAAGCAAAGGAUUAGGGGAAAUAUUAAUCUUCCCUACUCCGAAUCAUCGUGGGGCGAUGUUUAAUAUACUCUAUGGAUUUCCAUGAAAUCGGUGCACAUUCUCGAAAUGCAACAUACUCUGCGGGGACUAUCCGGCGAGGCACGAAUUAAAUUACAUUUCGCGCCAAAUGCGACCAAGGCAAAACAGUAUGUUCAUUGGAUCUAGCAUGUCCUUCCUCCCUGGAGGUGAAGAUAUACCGCGUCGCACAAAAAGCGCCGUCAAUCUUCAGUUCUUAAUGUUUUCGGAGAACACCUCCAACGAACAGGAUACUUUAAAAAACCUGAAGCCAGCCAACGAGUCUACGAAAUUGUUGCAAGACGAACGAAAGGCUAGUAUUGGUCAAUUGAACAGAAUCGAAACGUUUAAGUCUGCCUUUGCAGACAGAGGAAUGAGUAUCUGUCAAUUCGAUGCUUCCCCAAAAUUAUGGCAACGAGACCAUCGGAUGAGUGUCUGCCAAUUUGACAGAAUGGAGGUACGUGCCAGACCGUUGCAAAGAAAUCGUGGUGGAUGUAUUUGUCACUUCGAUAGAAUGGACGUGUUAGCCAGGCCGCUGCAGAGAGAUCGUAUAGGUAGUGCUUACCGUUUUGAUAGAAUGGAUGUUCUGGCUAAGCCAAAUCUUUCUCUUGGUAAAAUCUUGAUGAGAGAAAGACGCGUCAGCAUGAGCAAUUUUCUCGAGAAAAACGAGGGAACAGUGAAAGGUAAUCAAAUAGCACAGCGUCUAAGCAGUAAUAGCGUUGAGAAAAUCGAGAAGGCAGCAUUUGUCGACGAAGCGGUAUGUGAAAAGAAAAAGGAGAAAUUUGCCAAAUAUAUACCCGAAGAAAAUAAAAAUACCUCUUAUAAACUGGAACCGUCGUGCAGCAAAGCACCCGAAACUGUGUUUGAUUACAAGACUACUUGCCUGUAGCAGGGACAACUUAUACGUAAAACUUAUUAAUAUCCUAUUGCUAAAAAUCAUGUUAAAUUUCCAAUAACGUAAUAAUCGUUUUACUGUUAUGGAAUUAUAUCAGGAAACGGUAUGUAAUGAUAUAAACAAAAUAUGAAAAAGUAA